AUGAAAAAUAUACCAAUGGAAGAUCAUUUAUUGCUAAUAUUAAUCAAAAUCAAACUUGGAUUUUUAAAUAAAAACUUGAGCUUUAGAUUUGGUUUUUCUGAGCCAACAGUCACUAGAAUAUAUAGAUCUUGGCUUCCAAUUAUUGCUGAAAAUGUUAAGUUUUUAAUUGUUUGGCCAGAAAAGCAUGUUUUGCGAAGAAAUUCGCCAACAAGUUUUCGCAAAAAGUUCUAUAAUUGGGUUGCAAUAAUUGAUUGCAUGGAAAUAUUCAUUGAAAGACCUUUUAGUCUUCAUGCUCGAGCUCAAACUUGGUCAAAUUAUAAAAACAACAACACAAUUAAAUAUCUCAUUGGUAUAACUCCAUCAGGUGCUGUAAGUUUUUUAUCCCCUGGAUGGGGUGGUAGAGUGUCAGAUAAAGAAAUUACAAUUAAAUCUGAAUUUUUAGAAAAAAUAACCCAUGGAGAUUGUGUACUUGCUGAUAGAGGAUUUACACUUGUUGAAGAAUUUGCUACAAAAGGAGGGAUUUUAAAAUUACCAAAGUUAACCAAAGAAAAAAAGCAGAUGUCUUUUGCUGAAGUUGAUGAAUCACGUCAAAUUGCACAUGUAAGAAUCCAUGUUGAAAGGGUAAUUGGACGGUUAAGAAAAUUUCGAAUUCUUCAGAACAUUAUCCCAUUAACUCAAGUUGAUUUAAUUGAUGAUGUAAUGGUAAUAAUAACUUCAUUAGUAAAUAUUAACAGUAGUGUUGUUCCUCCAAGCUCAUAG